CGCGUAAAUCGUAAGAUGUCGAGACGUCUCGAACGAUUCUCGACGUUUCGCGACGUGUUCGUGAAAUUAAAUCGACGAUUUCUCGCUUCUCGUGUGUUGCAGCUGUCCGGCCUGGUGGUGGGUGGCAUCGGUAUCUGGACGGUGGCGGCGAAGCACAGCUACGUAUCCCUGAUGUCCACCUCGACGUAUCCCACUCUGGCCUACGCCUUGAUCGUCGCAGGUGUCCUGGCUGUCAUCGGGAGCUGGCUCGGAUGCGGUGGCGUAACUUCUGAAAAUCGAUGCGUCCUCCUCGUGUACGUCUUCGUGGUGAUGGCGGUGCUCGUCCUGGAGGCCGGAGUCGGUGCGCUGGCGCGUCUCUACGAGGAGCAGGUCGGCCCCGAAUUGAAGAUGAAUUUGAACCGCACCUUCCUCGAGAACUAUUCCGUGCGAUCCCGGGAAACCGCGGCCAUCGACCAGAUGCAGAAAGAAUUCAAAUGCUGCGGUGCCUUGAGAUUCGAGGACUGGCUCGUGAGCGAGUGGCAUAAGGACGAGGAGGUCCUCAAGAACGGUAGCGUCGUACCUGACAGCUGCUGCAAGACGCCGACGUUACUUUGCGGGAAAAGGGAUCAUCCCUCCAAUAUUCAGUACACGGGCUGCAUUUACAAGUUCCUGGAGACGACGAAAGACCACUUGAUAAUCUUGGGCGCCGUCGGGCUCGGCCUGUCCGUUCUCGAGCUCUUCGGCAUCGUUCUCGGCUCCUGCCUUUAUAUAAAGCUCAGGCACGACUUUGACGACUGAGAAUUACUUCAAUGCCCCGAGGGCAACAACAACGGCCAGUCGUGGUGCAGAUACAUGCAGAAUAAUCCAGAGACCGUUUGAUCGUCGGAGUAGGGGCGGGAGGACGCGCGAUUACAGCCGCGGGAUCGUUUGGAUGAAAGGGAACCAUCCUCGGCCGUGGUCCCUCGUUUGCCACUCCUCCCCCCCCAACACGUUCGGAAAGGUACCAACAAGUGAAAACGGAGGUAGCGAUAAAAAAAGCGGCGCCGAUCGUUUCCUCGCUUCCCGCGAGUAUUGCGCAAAUUACGCGAUUACAGACAAUCGAAGAGGGAAGUGAAGGUUCAAAGGUAAAAACGCAUAAAUUGUAAAAUAAAAAUUAUAUAUAUUCAUCCUUUUGGAUCGUGAUCCAAAGGAAGCAAAAAGUGAUCAUCGAAUAUUUGUGCAACGGAGUUUGGUUUAAAACUCGUGCGCAUUGCCGACGAUAUUCAAUAUCAAGUCCUCUCAAAGAUGGUGCCAUUAUGAAAUGCAAAAAGAAAAAAGAAGGAGAAAUCUGAAACGUAUCACGGAGAUAUUGCUUCUGAAAUCGAUCGGUUUUGUUCUUCGUCUCUGUGUGUUCCCGUAAUGAUUUAUCUCGCAAUGAUACCGUCUUUGUCGUUUAGUUUCGAAAUUUCUACGAGCUUGCGGCGAUGCCGACGGGUUUUAAAUCCGGCUUGGUGCCUUCUCGAACGGCGUUUUCCAUGCAAGAAAUUACAAAGACGUGAAAACGAGUUUUGAUAAGCGAGCGUGGACGCAUUUGCGGUACGCAGGACCAUUAUAAAUUAUCUCGAGUAUGUAUCUAAGGGUAUCUUUCCCGAUCAGCGCAGCUGAUCCCGAACUCGACGGACGCUGCGCGGCUGCACGACUAGCCGAAACUGUAGUUCUCGCUAUUAAUGGUGUUUGAAUAUUUUCUGUGGUAUUUUCCCCCGAACGAGCCUGGAUCCUUUUUUAUAACGCAUCGUCAGCCCGUUGACGUUAAUUACACACAAACUCCAAUCUCCUCCGCCGAGCGUAAUAUUUUACAAACUCGGCGAAAUUUCGCACGCGCGAAAGCGCUGACCCCACUCGAUACUGCCAUUGCAAAUUUGCACAAAUUAUUCAAUCUAAGUACCGAUAGUGUCGUAGCUACAGCCAUGACGGAGAAAAAAAAAUUUUUUCGCGUUGAAGGAAAAGCCGCACCGUCCGACUUUUUCCGUGCGAUAAAAAAAAGAUCUGAUUAGUCGAAUAAUGUCAAUUUCCCUGCGAUCGGAUCGCGCGUCAUCGGGUUUAGUUGCAUCUCUCUUUUUUUUUUCUUCUUGGCUCGCGCACCGCGUCAAUGGAUAAAUUAUCAGAAAAGAAACACGCCGAAGAAACACGAUGACGGAUCGAUCUGCAUCCGGCAGCGAAGACAAGGCGAAAAUCGACUCGAACAUCGGAUAGAACUGUAAACAGUGCCUUGAUGAUAUUGUUAAGCUCAGAGUUAUUUUAGAGUACGCAUUAAAAAAAAAAAAAAGAAAGAAAAAGAAGAAAAGACAUCGUGACGGUGUAAAUUGUUAAAGAGGAACCAGCGGAAAAGAGAGACAAGGAGAGACUUUAGCGUGUAACAAAUUUCACAAACACACAAGCAGCAUGUAUAUAUCCGUUGCUUCGCAAAUGAGUACAAGCCUUUGCACAUUAUUUAUAAUAACGAACGCUUUCUCCGCGUCAAAAAUCGGGAGCGCGUCGCUCAAAUUGGCAAUUGCGAACUGACAGAAAUUUUCACCGAUCUGACGAUUGUCUUUCUCUUCGCAUCUCUCUCUCUCUUGUGUCUCGCGCGCAGUUACAAGUUUUGAUAUAUAAAAUUUAUUUCACACGGUUGACGAUCGAUCGAUUACAGCUUCGCAAUUGCGGAUUCCAACGACGUUCUCGCGCACGAAAAAGUCCAAACAUAUUUUACUACUGUACCGUUGCGUCAUAUGUUAUUUUAAUCUUAACAUUAUUGUCCUCUCUUUGCUAUUAUGUAUACAUAUAUUAUAUCGAGUAGCGGCUAGGCAAACUUUAUACAUAUUGUACAUAUCAAACGCUAUUCUGUUACGAAUAAAUGUUUAAAUCG